AUGCUUCCUUUGCUUGCAUUGCGUACUGCUUAUAACGCAGACGAUGAUAACAUAUGGCUCCCAAUUCCAACAAAGUUAGGACUAUUACGUCUUGGUGUUGACUGGAACUCGGCAGAAGAAGAAGAUGACGACAACUGGUAUAUUGGAAUCUCUUACCACUCACCAUGGGGCAAAUUCUCAAUUGGAUACCACAGCAACGAUGCAGAAGAUGAUGACAACUGGUACGUUGGAAUCUCAUACCACUCACCAUGGGGCAAGUUCUCAAUCGGAUACCACAGCAACGAUGAAGAAGAUGACGAGAAUCUCAGACUUUGGGCAGACUUAGCAACAGCUAUUGGACGCUUUGGAUUCGAGUAUCACAACUCUGCUGAAGAAGAAGAUGACGAGAACCUCAGACUUUGGGCAGACUUAGCAACAGCAAUUGGACGUUUCGGAUUCGAAUACCACAACGCUGCAGAAGAAGAAAAGAAGGUCGCAACAAAGAAGCCAUUCAGAAUCAACAAGGAAAUGUUAAAGCGCUGGUAUCAGAAGUAUGGACGCCGUGUUAUGCAAAAGCUAAGAAGCAAGAGACUCGCUUUACCAAAGUUAGCUCACAAGAAAGUUAUCGCUCCAAAGAAGAACUUCGAUGUUCCUUCAUUCAUCAAGAAACACCCAUAUUAUUUUUUCUACCAACUCUACAAAGCUACAAGAUAA